AUGCGCGUAAAGUCCGGUGCUCUGACUCUGCGUCUCCGGCAGCCCCCGCAGAUGAAGUCCCUGAUGAGAUUCAAAUACUUGUGGGUUUCCUUACGGACAACGCUCCUAGUUCUCCUCUACUAUAGUUUCUCCAUUGGGAUAACAUUCUACCAGAAAUGGUUCAUAAAGGAUUUCCAUUUCCCUCUGAUUGUUGUGACAUGUCAUCUCGUAGUCAAAUUCAUCCUGUCAUGGCUGUGUCGAGUGACCUACACCCUAUUCACUCGACGGCAGCGUGUCCUGCUACCCUGGAGCGUCUACGUGCGACAUCUGGCCGUGACAGGAUUCGCUUCGGCCCUGGACAUCGGGUUCAGCAACUGGAGUUUUGAAUUCAUCACAAUCUCUUUGUACACCAUGACCAAAUCGACCUGUAUCAUCUUCAUCUUAGCGUUUUCCUUAUCUUUCGGCCUGGAAAAGCGGAGAUCCUCACUCAUUGCUGUAGUAUCGCUCAUAGCUAUCGGACUGUUCUUAUUCACAUAUCAAUCGACGCAGUUCAACCUUGAAGGUUUUCUGCUUGUUUUGAGCGCCAGUGCCUUGGCGGGUUUGAGGUGGACUCUCGCACAAUUAGUGAUGCAGCGGAAAGAACUGGGUUUGGGCAAUCCAGUAGAUAUGAUGUAUCAUAUUCAGCCAUGGAUGAUAGUGGGACUCUUGCCGCUGGCCAUAGCCUUCGAAGGAUCUCGUUUGGCGACGUCAGAGAAGAUAUUCCGAUUCAGCCCAGAACAGGAAGAAGUGCUUUUGAAUAAUCUGCUUCGGAUCCUCGGUGGGAGCGUGAUCGCGUUUUUCAUGGAAGUUUCCGAAUAUCUUUUGUUGAGCUACACUUCGUCGCUCACCUUGAGCAUCGCUGGCAUUCUGAAGGAAAUAUUCACCUUGUACUUGGCCGUAGUCUACAGUGGAGACAUACUGAGUCCACUAAACAUGGUCGGGCUCGUGAUCUGCCUCUGCGGUAUCACGAUUCAUGUCAUUUGCAAAAGCAUCCAUCAGGCUCGGAGCGAAGACGGAGUCAUGAAUGAGAGUGCCGAAAGCGGAAGGAGAGAUGGAGUCCGCGAGAGCCUCCUGCUCCCUGAGAGCGAUGAGGAGGAUAUCGGUGUCGCUUCGACCUCGUCUCACAACAAUGCCAACGAUUGCUCAUGA